UAUCCUCUUCCUCCUCCAUCCCUCUCUCUAUCCCACCCUGGCUGCAGCUGCCCCCCUGUCCUCCCCUCCUCCUUCCAUCAGUCCUGGAAGACUCGGACAAGCUCUGGGCCAUGAAGACAGGCAUCUGGCUGCUAGCUCUUGUGGUGCCCCUGCUACCCCUCCUGUGCCAGGCUCAGUACACUGAGGAGCAGAGGUCUUGUGAUGGGGCGUUCGAUCUGUACUUCGUCCUGGACAAAUCUGGCAGCGUCAAAAACCACUGGCAUGAGAUUUUCUCCUUUGUGGAAAGUCUUACGGAAAAAUUUACAAGUCCCAUGCUGAGGAUGUCAUUCAUUGUCUUCUCCUCUCGAGCAACAACUAUUAUGAAAUUAACAGAAAAAAGGGAAAUGAUCCGCGAAGGCUUGAAGAUUCUUCGAUCUGAGGUGCCUGGAGGUGAUACAUUUAUGCAUGAAGGGUUUAAAAGGGCCAAUGAACAGAUCAAUCAUGAGAACAGUGAUGGUGCUCGGGCAGCCAGUGUCAUAAUAGCCCUAACUGAUGGAGAACUUCAGCAAAAUCAGUUCUACUAUGCAGAAAAAGAGGCUGAAAGAGCACGUGGCUUGGGUGCUAUUGUUUAUUGUGUCGGAGUGAAAGACUUUAAUGAAACUCAACUUGCAACAAUUGCAGACAGCAUCGAUCACGUGUUCCCAGUGGUGGGUGGAUUUCAAGCUUUGCAAGGCGUUAUUGAUUCAAUCCUAAAGAAGUCCUGCAUUGAGAUCUUAGCUGCUGAGCCGUCCAGCGUCUGUGCAGGAGAGUCCUUCCAGGUGGUGGUAAAAGGAAACGGUUUCUACCAUGCCCGAAAUAUUGACCAAGUGCUCUGCAGCUUUAAACUCAAUGACAGCAUAACUAUAAAUGAAAAACCAACAGACAUACAGGAUACAUAUCUACUCUGUCCUGCCCCAGUAAUCGAGGAAGUGGGACAGGUGGUAUACCUGCAGGUCAGCAUGAACAUGGGUCUCACAUUCAUCUCCAGCUCUGUGAGCAUCACCAGCACCCACUGUAACACGGGAAUAAUUCUAUUCAUCGUCUUGCUGAUCCUAUUUAUUCUACUCCUCCUGGCUCUGCUCUGGUGGUUUUGGCCUCUUUGUUGCACUGUGGUUAUUAAAGAGCCCCCACCCCCUCCUCCUCCAGAACCAGAAUCUGAUGAUGAGGACGGAUUGCCUAAGAAGAAGUGGCCAACAGUGGAUGCCUCCUAUUAUGGAGGAAGAGGAGUAGGGGGCAUUAAGAGGAUGGAGGUAAGAUGGGGUGGCAAAGGUUCCACUGAAGAGGGUGCCAAGCUGGAGAAACCCAAAAAUGCAGUUAUUAAACUUCCAGAACAAGAAUAUGAACCCUGGGAACCAAAGGCAAAGAGACCCUCAGCACGCCGUGGCCCACAAGAGAGAAAAUGGUACAGUCCAAUCAAGGGCAAACUGGAUGCUAUUUGGGCACUGCUAAGAAGAGGCUAUGACCAAGUAUCCUUAAUGAGACCUCAGUCAGGAGAUAAGGGGCGUUGCAUUAAUUUCACCAGGGUUAAAGCGGAUGGAACCCAGACUAUCUAUAAACCACCUCCCAAAGCUGCAACACUAAACCAUUCUCCAAGUCAGCCUCCAAGUCAGCCUCCAAGUCAGCCUCCAAGUCAGCCUCCAAGUCAGCCUCCAAGUCAUCCACCCAGUGAAGCACCAAAGCAGCCUCCUCCACAAAGACAGCCCCCUCCAGGUCCUCCGCCAUCGCGAAUGCCUCCAGGACCACCACCGGCACGCCCACCUCCUGAGCCCAUGCUUUGAGUUCAUGUCACAACCUUCUGUAUGCUGGACUGUAUUCGAUCCUUUAAAAACAACUGCAUGGGAGUAGUAAAGAAGCAGAUCUGGGCUUAUGUUAAACACAAUUUUCAGUCUGUUUUCUGUAAAAUUCAAUCAGUUGAUAAUUUUAUUAAAGCCCACCUUUUUGAUAAAUUCUGUAUAUAUAAAGGUAAUGAAAUUAUCAAUGUUUGAUCAAUUUGUAUUACCUAUCUUGUGCUCUUAUCUGUAAACAGACUCUUAAAAGAUUGUUUGAAUGCUGGUUAAUGCACCAGAAACAGGUUUAUAAUUAAGGACUUAAUAUGUCCCCUUUUCAGCAUGUGAGUUCAUCGAAUUUCUGCUUCACUAGAGCUGCCCGUAUUUUUUUUUAAAAUGGAGCAAAAUAACUUAUCUGGCCUGUGCAGAGCCCUGUACUUACACCCAUUUAACCACAGUGGGAUAAAGUGGAAUGAUCACAUCAAACCAGGCCUGAACAUUAAACAUCAUGACCUCACUAACACUCUCAUGCCUGUAGAAGUAAUUCCCACUAACAAUAUUUUAACUCAUGAAAAGCUUUCCUAAGAGUAGACUCUAGCAGCAAAGCAAGGACCUACUUUAUUUUUUUUAUCCCUAGUUUGAGAGUGGAACAUUGGACAGAUAGGUGCCCAGAUAUCUUUGUUGUCAGGAAAUCUGUAAAUAUAUGAAUUGCAAUUUCCUUUCCAUAAACAACUAAGUCUUCACUUCCCAUCAAAAUAUGCAAAGACUGCCUUUCCUUAUGAGAGCAAUGAGUACUGUAUGAACCUUUUUCAAGCAUAAAGGAGAAUAGGUAAAGGAUACUAUUCAGAAAGUUGAUGAUUUCACUGCCCUUCCUACCCUCUUAUAUUUUCCAGAAAAGGAGAGUUGUAGUAUUAGCAACUCUAUUGCAUAAGUCUUUAUUUCAUCCUUGGGUGCUUUUAAGUUUGCCAAGAAGUACAUGUCUUCUUAACAGCCCAGAACUGCUUCUGUGUUCUCUUAGCAUGCAGUAGACGUUCACUCUUUUAGCUGCCAGUGGAGAUGUUGCAAACUAUAUAAGUGUAGUUGGUGUGACUUGGCAGCCAAAGGGGGUAUAUAUACUCAGUCUAUUUAUUUCUGUCCAUUAUGUUUAUUUUCUCAAGGAAAGGCAAAUGGAGUUUGUUGCUGGCCAGCAAAAUCUGCCCCAUUUGUGCUCAGGUGACAGCCUGACCUCAGUACAUUCCAUAUUCAGCAUUAUCAUUCUUACACAGUAUCAUGUAAAUUCUAUUGGAUAUGGAGUCUGUUUUCUGCUUCAAAAGCCUGGAGAUUUGGUGCUUGCAGAGGUGCUUAUUGUAGAUCAUGUAUGUGCAAUCACACUUGAGCCCAGUUUGAAGGUGCUAGUCCAGUCAAUUUUCAUGUCCUCCAUAUAUCAUUUUGACCCACUGAAGAACUGUGAACUAGGUAAAACCUUUAAUUUUAACAGCAGCCCAGAGACACAAGUAUUAAUAUAUAUGAUUUUAAGUACUUUUUGCAUUUAUGAGUGCCCUCUGCUAAAUAAUAUGCAGAAUGCAGGGUUCAGGUCUUUGGAAUUGAUGUUUGCCAGUUAAAAUGCUUUCAGGAACUUGAUUAGCAGAUUGUAAACUUUGACUCAAGCUCAGUUCUUUGACAAAAAUUGGUGCUUUCAUUGUGUUUAAAAAUAGCUUUUUGAAACACCAAUUAGUAAGACGACAAGGGCAAGAUUUGGGCUUUAAGGGCUUGGUGUUUUUCAGAAACUGAUAGGUUUUGAAAUGUUUACUUCCCUUAAACCCUAAUUGUUUUUAUGAACCCCAUCAAGAACCACCUGUCAUCUGUAAUAACAGAAUGCCAUAAAUGGUAAGGUAGACUGUGAUUUACACUUCUACUUAUGUCUCAAAGCUUUAAGAUAUUUGAUGUGUGACCUACAUAAACCCAUCUUAUAUAAAAAGUGUAGGUUAUUGUGAAUUAAGUUUGUCCGGAACUGAUGCUCUAUAAAACUACAUCUAGAAAACAAGUAAAAGUUUCAUAUCACCUGGUCUCAUCAA